AUUUGUCGAAUACUACGUUGAAUCUCUAAGACCAUAAGGAAAUUUUUAUUUAGUAUGCAUGUACCGCCAUGACUUCAUUAUCUUUUAAUAAGAAGUACACGAUUCGUUCACCAGAGCGCUUCGAGGGCUUAGAUUCGUUAGGCAGACUGACGUUGUACUUUCGGCUGUCAAUCAUUGUCGUGCUUCGAUCUCUGCUAUCUUUCUCUUCAAACUGUACCAUUUACCUAAAUCACGUUUAUUUCCAGUAUAUGCCGGCAAGUCGUACACGUCAGUCAUAAGAUACAUCUCGAUCUCGAUGUAACAACCGUCGCGCAACUCGUGCCACGAAAACGGUGUACCUUCGUCUUUCAAGUAAUUAAUCCCGAGGCUAAAAUUGAAGACGUUUCUUAACUGGAGAAGGGGUCACGACAACGAGCUUGAAAAACUGGCAGCGCAGCGCCGCGCGUCGUUCAAUUGACCAUCAUUCAAUUUGAUUCGUGUCAGUAAACAACUAGCGCAAACAACAGUCGUGUGGCCGAAAUCCUUUCGAAAAAAACGAUCUGUGGCAGAUGUUACGACGUAAAAUUCACGGAAUCGACAUCAGGUGAAGCGCGUAAGGAGGAAAAUAGGUGGUAACGGUGCCAAGAGAGUCCUGAAUUUUGCAAAAAACGAGUGCAACGCAUUCUCCGGAUGCGACGAAUCCGUUCAGCGGCUGUUCACGCUGGUAAUUCUAGUCGGUUAUCCAGUUCUCCGUGGGCAUUAGAACAGUGCAGUUCACACGCAGUCCACGCUGUUACGUUACUUUUGACUCCGUCCUGAAUUCGUCCCGUCUCAUUUCAACUAACUAACCAGUCGGCGGACGAGUGAAAUAUUUUCCAAACAGAAGAAAGGAUUUGCGAAAAGGAACAUUGCGAGAGUAUCGAAGUAGCGAAAGAGAAAAACAGUGAUAUUUCGAUAGUGAAAUUAGAUUGACAAACGAUACGUUAAACACGCCUUAGAAAUGAGUUGGACAUGCUAAAAGGACAGAUACUUAAAAGCUGAUGGACAUUGGGAAAGAAAUAAAAUCAAGGCGAUUCUAAUGCGAAUCGCGGUUAGACAGAUUGGCUAACGAGAAGACGACUGGAAAAACAAGUUUGCUAAGACGAAAAACGAAAGAUGGCGAGCGUAGAUAAAAAUCUCGAGGAGCUGAUGAUGCAUCUCGGCGAAUUUGGUAAAUACCAAUGCUGGCAAUUCAGCUUGCACAUUAUUGGCGCAUUGACUGCUGGUCUGCAUAUGCUGACCUUACUCACAGUCGCUGCAGUGCCACCGCACACGUGCAAUGUUCCUCGAUCCACGUUUCCGACAGAAUCGUUCAAUUUUACAUCUCCAACAUGGAACUCCUCUAUCGCGUUCGACGACGUUCCCCGAGUGGUGGAUACGUGCCACUAUUUGGACGUGAAUAACGUUACGAAGGAGUGCGACUCGUGGACCUACGACACGGAGUACUUUCAAUCGUCGCGCGGAAUGGAAUGGAAUUUCGUUUGCUCGCAGCGAUGGAUGGGCGCAGCAGCGCAGUCCUCCUAUAUGUUCGGCGUGUUUAUCGGAGCCGUAACGCUGGGCAGUUUGGCCGACAAGUACGGCAGAAAGAUAAUAUUCUACGUGUCUGCUGUUGCCCAACUUGUUUUCGGAGUGACCGUAGCUUUGGUGAACAAGUACUACGUUUUCCUCAUCCUCAGAUUUCUAUACGGUAUCUUCGGUUCGGCUGGCGCUUACAUAACAGGAUUCGUCCUGACGAUGGAACUGGUCGGAGCAACAAAGAGGACCGUUUGCGGAAUAAUGUUUCAACUGGCGUUUGCCGUUGGGUUCAUGCUAGUAGCCGUUUGGGGUGCCGUGAUUAAGGACAGAAUGUGGCUGCAAAUCGUCUACGGCCUUCACAGCGCGCUUCUCAUCGGCCACUGGUGGCUCAUGGACGAAUCUCCACGAUGGCUGUGGGCUCAAGGCCGCGUCAGCGAAGCGCUCACUAUCAUACGAAAAGGUCUGAAGAUGAAUGGCAACAACGUAGAUAUAGAUACGGGAAAAUUGAUCAGCGAAGGGAAGAUACGGCAGAUGGAUCAAGAGGAACAAGGUUCUUAUGGAGCCUUGGAUCUCUUCAAGACUCCGAAUCUCCGAAAGAAAACGUUAAACGUAUGUCUGAAUUGGUUCGCCAAUUCCAUCGUCUAUUAUGGGCUGUCAUUGAACGCAGGAAAUCUCGUUGGAAAUCCAUUUCUGAUGCUGUUCCUCAGCGGUUUGGUGGAAUUACCUUCGUACUUGCUAAUGUGCUUCCUAAUGGACCGUACCGGAAGAAGAUGCCUGGUCAGUACGUUCAUGUUGAUCGGCGGCGUGUGUUGUAUAAUCGCCUCCAGCAUCCCGACUGGUACUGAUACAGCUGCCACCAUAAUCGUAACCAUCGUCCUGUUCGGCAAAGCUUGCAUAGCUGGCUCCUUCGCGGUUAUUUACAACUACACGGCCGAACUGUUCCCUACGGUAGUAAGAAAUACCGCCUUGGGAAUAGGCUCUAUGUGCGCUCGUUUCAGCGGAGCUCUCACACCGUUGAUAAUGCUGUUGGACUCUCUAAAUCCCAAAGUGCCCGCGGUACUCUUUGGUUUCGUCGCCCUGGUAUCUGGUUUCUUAUCGUUGUAUUUGCCGGAGACUGUGAAUCAGCCGAUGCCUGAAACUAUCGAGGAUGGUGAGAAUUUUGGCAAGCACGACACCUGUUUCGCUAUGUAUUUGCGCUCGGGCAGAAAAACCAGCGCCGCUUACGAAGCUACACAACUUACGCAACUCACCGUCGACACAGACGAGAAGGAGAAGCUGAAUGAAGGAGGAAGCCCCAAGGAAAAUUCCCACUAGAGAGCAUCCGUUGCCAUUCUUUUUUAUUCUUAUAGAAUUCUUCAAAAACAUUCCUACUAUCGUCGAUUUGUUUCUCGAUUUACGUUUAACUCGACUGGACUAUAAGCAGGUAAAACUGUGACGAGCGCGAGAGUACAUAUCGCGAUUGAAUUAUUUUCCUAAUCCUAUACGAUUCUAAUCGUAAAAUAUGGCAGAAAGUUUUACCGGUAAAUUUUCAACUUCUUGCGACCAUCGUAAAAUAAUCCUUAUUAAACCAUUGAUCCAUUAAAUAUCGAUAUACGUACGUGUAUUUACGUGCUACAUUAGUUCAUCACAGUAUACGUAGCAAUCGAAGUUUACUAAUUUUCCAUAAACUCGUAUACGUACAGGGUACGGUCGAGUAACAUGUACAAGGGAGCACGAAGUGAUUCAUUAUGAAAGAAUAAGAACGAAAUAUGGAAUAAAAUUUUUUCAUUUAAGACUUAGUUUUCGAGAAAAUCGAGUUUGGGAAUUUAUCAAGUAUACUUGAACAUAGCUAAUUACCGACUGGUAUGAGUAAACGAUCGAUAAGAUGUUAUCGAUAGAAGCGAAAGUAAGUAGAAGAUAUAAAAUAAAACUUGUCCAUUCAAGGCUCUAUUUUCAAGAAAACAGACUUCGAACAUGUUUGGUUAAGAAUCGAUCUAGUACUUACACGCAUACGAUAAUUUUUCAAAUUUAUUUUUUGGAAACAAAGCGCCUCGAGGAAAUAUUUUAUUUUGCAUUUUCCAUUUAUUUUCACACGUAAAAUGACCUGCUGUCGAUUAUUUAACCCUGUUUAGUCCGGAAUUAGCCAUGUUAAAAUAUGCUUGAUAAAUUUUCAAACUAGAUUUACUUUUAAAUCAAGCCUUAAAUGAAAAAAUUUUAUUCCAUAUUGUUUUCUUAUUUUUUCACAAGGAAUCGCUUCGUGUCCGCUUGUACGUGUUAUUCGGCCGCACCCUGUACGUUUCAACCGACUACAUACGUAUCGCGUAAUUUUAGUCUACUAAGAACUUUUACAAGGAGCUAUCUCUGCCUUGAAUUUCCUAUACAUUUUUACAAAAUAAACUUUCAUUUAUUUAUUUAUAAUUAUUGAUUCUUUCUUUCCAUCUUGCAGCUUUCCACGCGAUAAAUUCUCCGUUUAAAGUUGAACAUUUUUAGCGCACUUGACGGAUUACUUUGACGCCAUAUUGGCUUUUAGCCGUCAUUCGAUUGGUUGCGCAGACGAACGCGGAACCGAUGUUGCCGGAAAUUAGUUUGACUGGCAUAAUCAUAGAGCUAUACGUAUAUACAUAUAUACAGAUAUACUUGUGUGUGCGCGCGCGUGUGUGUGAUGAUAUUUAUUUACAAUCAACGACGACUCAUUGCACGAAUCGUGGCUAGAAGCCAAUAUGGCGUCAAAGUAACCGGUUAAAUACGCUAAAAGUGCUCGAUUUUAUACAAGUACGAACGCGUAACUUUUGAACCAGUGGAUGCUACAUUUUGAAACUCGUUUCUUAGGUCGGGACACAUCGAAAACUACAAGUUAAGUCUUUUUAAGUUAAACCUUUUUACCUAUUACAUAUAUGUAUAUGCGUAUACGUUCAUAUAUGCAUCCUGAACAUUUUGCUUCCUUUAAAUUUCCCAUUAACGAAUAGAAGUCGACGAAUCGUCCGAUUAUGGCCACCUGUUUGUGGUAACUGUGCAGUUUACGAUCAAAUGCGGUUAUGUUUGCCAGCAUUAACGUCGAUCAUUCAAGAAACCUUGGAUAGUGCUUUUUCUUUUUAUAUUCGAUCCUUCUUUACAGACGCAUCGAUCGAUGCAGUGGGUUGGUAACACUAACCUUACCAGGUCCAUUUCAUAUGACCGGUUUCAAAAUCUAAUUUAAAAUUGUAGAUUCAUCGUUAUUUCUUUCGUUCAUCUAACUUUAUGUGAAUUCUUAUAUUAACAAAAAUUGGGAAAUCAAUUAAUCGGAUAAUAUAAGGAUUUACAUAAAGUUAAGUGAACGAAGGAAAUAACGAUGAGAUUAAAUUUCGAAACCGGUCAUUUGACCGAACCUCGUAAGGAUAGUGUUAAGUAUUCGGUCGAGAUUGUAAAUCGAGCUUCUCAGAAUUUUUAUUCAUUUUAACAAAUUUUAAAUUUGGAAAAUUGGCUCGUUUAGAAAAUUUUAAUACGUACAUAGUUGUGACGUUCGAUUAAAAUGCUUGAAAUCAUCUCUCGUUCGAUAGAAAAUUGUAUCGUGUAAUAAUUGUACGGCAUUUUCAUCUAAUGCAUAUCGACAAGUUCUUUUCUUUUCUGUUCAAACUGUGUGAUGUCUUUCUCCGAGUUAUAGAAAAUAUACAAUCGAGUCCUUUACGCUCUACACUUUACGCGAUAUGUAUUUGUCGUCGCUGAGGAGUCCCGAUUUUCCACCAAUUAUGUCCAGAGACAUAAUACUGCAACGCUAUAUUAUAGCCUAUAGUCUAUAUAUUAUAGUCUAUAGUCUAUAGUCUGUAGACUAUCGGUAUACCAACAAAUAAUUUUCCCUGUACGAUUAAUUUCUGUAUUCUAAACUAUACGCGUUCUAACCUUAAAGCAUGAACAUUUUCUUCGAAA